AUAAACAUUUUCCCAGCACACCUCUUGAGAUUAAUCACUCGCGCACAGGAUCAGGCACAGUGCACGUGUCUGAGCAGUCACAGUCUCGCCUCUCUGGAAUGAAAGCAGCUCAGUGAUGGAGUUCAGAGAGCUGGGAGCAGACGACAGUUCUGAUGGAGAUAUGGGGGAUCUGGAUAGUCUGAAAGCUCUGACAGAGAAACUCAAACUCCAAACGCGCAGACCGUCGUACCUAGAAUGGAAGGAGCGACUGCAGGCUCGCCCGUGGACUGAUGCCACACACAGUUCAAAUGUCAGCAGCCCAGGAUCUGUGGAGAAGGACACUCAGCUAUCCGACAUCUGGAAAGAUGGGAUGCCUUAUAAGAAUAUAUGCGGCUUUGAUACUAUAGACGACGCGUUAGAAUGGCUCAGAAACGAACUGAGGGAGAUGCAGAUGCAGGAUAACCGUCUUGCACGGCAGUUGAUUCGCUUACGGGUGGAGAUCCACAGGUUGAAGGUGGAGCAGGUGUGUCACCGUCACAAAGAGAUGCUGGAUGAUGCCACAUAUGAGCUGGAGGAGUGCGAGGAGGACUCAGACCUGCUGUGUGACAUCCCCAUGAAAGCUGCCUUCACUCUGUCCACCCCUCUCAAACAUCUUGGUCUCACCAGGAUGAACCUCAACUCCAGACGAUUCUCACUCUGUUGAGAGGCACGGCGAUGAGAGAUGCCCCUCAAGAACAUUUCUGUUACUUUUGCUGACACUGGAAACCAAAGUUUUGUUUCACAUCAGUGUUAAAAUUGGACCCUAGCAAAAAAAUAAGAAUAAAAAAAUCACUUUCAGUUUUCUUCAGAUCGCUAAGUCUUAUUUAACUUUGUUAGACUUGACCACAGGUGGUCAUAUAUGGAAAUGCAGUAACCAGCAUUACAGUCUAUACCACUUGUGAAGGCGGACUCACCACAGGACUGAGAAAGUCGUCAGAGUUGGAAAAAAAGUUUAUAUUUACAAUUGAAAAUAACUGAACUGAUCUGAAAAUCAAGAGGAACCUGCUUCUGUGUCAAAAGGCAUGAGAUUGGCAUGUGAGAGUAGCAGCCUUACAGGAAGUGUGAGUUUGUGUUCAGGCAUUUUGUCACCUUUUCUCUUAAAUCUUAAAAAUAACCCCCACUUUUCAGCUCAGAGCUGCACCAACUAAAAAGCUAAUCUCAGUCCUCUGUUCAGCCCACUGUAGGUGGUUGGUCUUAAAUAAGUUGGGAGUACGUUUUUGAGAAUCUUGUGCUUGGGAAAUGUUCAUUUACACAGUCAGUUUUUUAUAGUGUCCUUUGUACAUCCACUGAACCCAUUUAAGUUUAGAAGCACUGGAAAUAUAACACUGCAUUUGUGCAUGGAUACUGUAAGUGCUUAUGUCUAAAGCUCCAUGAUAAAAUUAAAACAUAUCACAGAGGACCUUUAUAUUUUGACAAAUUUCAACUUGG